AUGAUACAGAGGAAACGCACCAAGAAGGGUGGAGAUAUCUCUUCAGAUCUUGAAGCACUUCGUAUGGAGGACCUCGAUUCAAUUGUCCAGAUCGCUCUACCUCACCGCUCGGACUCGAGCUAUGUUAGCAAGCUCAAAAACCCAAUCGACCGCUAUAGCAAAAUGAUGAUGGAGGACUUUGAGUUCACCGAUAAGGACUGUACCUACACUCAGGGCAAGCACGGCCAAAAUGUCUCGUUCUCAGAGAAGGUCCAUAACAAACUUGACUAUAACUGGCAUUGCGCUGUGGUGAUUAAACUCAUGGGUAAGCCAAAUUCUACAAACACUUUUGACUUCAUGCUCAAGGGUCUUAGAAGGAAGUGGCAGGUUAAGGGGGGCUGGCAACUAAUUGAUCUACCUAAUGACUUCUUCGUUGUUAAAUUUAAUCUGGAGGAAGACAUGAACUAUGUGCUUUGUGGUGGACCUUGGAUUUUGGCUAGGCAGACCUUAAUUGUCAGGAAAUGGAGGCCAGAUUUUGAUCCAAUGAAUGAGGUAAUUGGAAAAAUGGCAUUAUGGGUUAGAAUCUAUGGGUUGCCUGUGAAAUAUUUCAAGGACUACACUAUUGCUAAAAUUGGAAAAGUACUUAGAGAUGUUGUCAAGGUUGAUCAGGUUACUAUUGGCCAAGCCAGAGGGAAAUUUGCGAGAGUUUGUGUAGAAAUUGAUCUUAGCAAGCCUCUUAGGCCUUUUGUGGAAGUUGAGUCUGUGGCUUACAAUGUUAUCUAUGAGGGCAUCUCAUUGAUAUGUUUUGAAUGUGGCUGCUAUGGCCAUGCUAAGGAUAAGUGCCCCACUGUUGCUACUGGUCCUUCUACACCCACUUAA